AUGCUGACAACCAUAGAACAUCAGUACGAGGCACAAAUUUCCAAACUCAACUCGUCAAUGAGUUCGGGGGUUGUUGGCAGUAUCAAAAAGAGUCAUAGUGGACUUCCUAUCCAAAAUAUCAGAUGGUUAUCAACUAUGAAUCUAUUGAACAAACCAUCUGUUCUAGUAUCAAAUAAUGUGAUUUCAUCCAAUGCUGUUGGUGGGAUAACAAAUGUAAAUUUACAAUCAUCGUCACUAUCUAGUGGAGUAUCAUCAGCACAUUCUAAUUUAUUAUCGGCUCAACUUAUUUCUGAUCCGUUAUUUCUGUAUAGUAAUGUUAAUAGUAAUCAAUCAAAUUCUCCUUCAUCUAUUUAUUCUAAACAAGAUGUAAUCUUGGAACAAUUAUAUACUAGUAAUACUUCACCAACAACAUCUAGAAGUGACAAACAAGAAAAGAGCAAAACAUUUACCAAACAAUUUUCCUUUGAUAUGCAUAUAGCAGAAAUGGGAGGUAAAAGUGCCUCUACUUCCAAUUCAAUAUUUAGUAACCAAAACGUAAAGAAUAUUCUGGUUGACCCACAAUUAGAAGAGUUACUAAACCGUUAUAGAUCACAAAUUACUUGUAUUAACACUUCUGAUAAUGGAAAGUUUGUCGUUUUUGCUAUUAAAACCAAUGAAACAUCCUCUAAUAAUAGUAAUUCUACACCAGUAGUCUCAAAACCUAAUAUUUUAAUCAUUAUUUACUCUAGAAGCCAACAAAUUCAAAAUAUGGUUAAUAAUUUAAACAAAACUAAUCAAAAUUCCCAACCAUCCAUGUCUCAAAAGAUAAAAACAUAUUUUAAUGGAUCUAGUAAUUUAGAUUCGUCAGACUCCAAAAAAACAAAGAAAGGUAAUCUUGGCCAUUUAUUAGGACAAAUUAAAGUAGUUCAACCUCCUCGUGGUAUGCAAGAAAUGGACGGAUUGAGUUGGAGAAAAAAAUUAAAAAGUGUUGAAACACUAAAUAGAAACAUAAAUGAAAGAAAUAUUUCAAAGGGAAACAUGGGAGAUAGUAACGAUUUUAUUAAGGGAAGCAGUCAUACUAACCAACCAAGUAAUACUAUUAAUAUUUCUCAACUUCCUCCUGUUUCUGUCAAACAAAUUUUUAUUUCUAAUGAUGGUUAUAAUGUUGUUUGUGUAACAGAAAAUAAUGAUAUUUGGUUAUAUGAUUGUUUCCCAUCAAGUAGAUCAAAUAUUGCUAAUCUAUUUAAAUAUGAAAAUUCAAUGUUUAGGAUUAAUAAUAGUGGGAAUCUAAAUAAUUCUACCAAUAUGUCAUCAAGAUCGAGAUCAGCAUCUUCUCCACAAUUUGGAAAUGUUGCAUCAUCUUUUGGAAGUACAAAUACUGAUAGUAAACGAAUGAGUGACUCUAGAAAUACCAUUAAUGCCACCUUACUUCCUUCCAGUAAUAUAGAUAGUAUGCUUGAAGAGGAGACUUUUCACAGAUAUUUAAUGAAAACAAAUAAUCAGGGAUUAUUUGCAAUAGAUGAUUUUGGUCUUCACUACCAACCAAGAAAUUCUGUUGUUGGUAAUGAAUUACUACCUACACCCAGAGAGCCCAUUGUUACAGUUUCAGGCAUGAAUAUUCACUCUUCUAGUUCAUCAUCAAUUGGUAACUAUCUUCAGUAUUCAAUUGAAGAAUGGACUAUUUUACCAUCACAUUUAGAUGGAGUAGACAAUGUAAAUUACAGGUCUAAAGAAGGGACAGAUCAAAAACAAGUUCUACUCCCAAAUGAAGAUAUUCAUUUUGACAUCAAAUUUUGCCACAGCCCUAUCCAUGGAAGAUUUUGCCAGAUUAGCUCGGCUAUUGUAAGCAAAAUGUUUGUGAAAUAUGAAAUUUACAAAAAAAUGCAAUCAAUGUUCCAAGCUAAUAUUGAAUCACCUGAAAAGAAAAAAGUUAAUGCAAGUUUGGGAGUUAUUAAUAGUAACAAUGCUUCUAUUAUGAAACAUGAGGGUUUUUCUCCUUUAGAAAAUCUUCCUUCCAGUUCAUCCCUUUUAAAAGAGCAAGGUUUAGUUAUAAAGGAUAAAAAUAAGAAUAGCGAUGAUGAAGAUAUUGGUCCAAACAUAAAAGCAAGACGAAGCCCUUCAGUAUUUAGACAUAUGGCAUCAGCAAAUAUUUCUACAUCAGCAGAUAUCAGUGAUUCAGAUUCAGAUUCUUCAGAUACUCCAACAUUGUCCAGACAAAACUCUCUUGUUUCCCUUGCUAACAGCGUUAAAAUACCAAAACUUAAACUUAAUUUUGGAAGUAGUGAAAAGAAAACAAAUGAUAGAGUAUCUGUCAAAAGAGAAAUGGCUUUUGAAACUGUAAGAAACGAUAAUCAACUCUCAAAAAAGUCUAGUAAUAAGAAUAUAGGAAGAAUGUCCAUGAUUCUAUCAAGAUCAGGCCUUGCUUCUGCAUUUGAUACAUCCUCUUCUGGAAUAUCUACACCAAGAUUAACAAGUAGAGUUGGUACAUUUUCUGGUGCAUCAGCAGAUCAGGUUAUUCCAACUCUUUUUGAUGAUUUUAAUAAUUUACCAACAUCAUUUCAAUCAAAAGAUUUGGAAACACCAAAUAUUCUCUCUAGAUGUUUAUUGAUAUCGAAUUGUACUGUAUUCCUUUCAAAAAGAAAGUUUAUCAAGUCUGCAAAUAGUUUUAACACUAAUCCUAUUCCAACACCAAGAUUCCCAAUAAUUGACCACUGUCCAUUUCAUUUAAGCAUUGAUAGGACCUAUACUGUUCUUGAUAAGGUUUUAGAUGAAGAGGAUGUCUCAAUGACAAAAGUAUUUCAUGGAGCUGCUAAACAAAAAUCAAUACCUGAAUGUAUUGUAAAAUGGGAUAACGAAACGUCUAUGUUAUGCGUUGUAGCAAACAGUUUUGAUCAUAGUUCGUUAUUUGAAUCAAAAGUAUUUUUUUAUUCACCAAUUAGAAGAAAAUCUGUUUGUGUAGUGUAUGGCACAAAGUCAUUAGAGUGUUUACCAAUGAGUAGAACUUCAAGAAAUCCAACAGAGCUUGUUUCAUUUUCAGUCCAAGACAUGUGUUGGUCAAAUAAUAGUUUAUUCAUAAUAUUAGUUGAUGCUAGAGGAAAUAUGUCUAUGAUUAGUAGACUUAAUGAGUUUAUGCUUAUGAAGGAUAAGCAAUUAUUACAACAAAGUGCAAUCUCUAAUUUUGUACCAUUUUACAAAAAUCAUAGUGAAAGUAGAGAUUUAGAAACUACAAAAUUUUCUGUUAAAUCUCACCCGUACCAAGGACAAUUUAUUGUUUCUGAUGGAUUUAAGGUAAAACUAUUUAAUUUUGUUUCAGAAAGAGAUGAAAUUGAUUUAACGACCAUUCUUUCUUCUUAUCACGGUUCUUGUUAUGGUAUUGAACAAUAUAUUUUCCAUGCGACCUAUGACAAAAAAUCAAGAGUUGAUACCGCUUUGGAUAUUUGGAGAUUAUGUGUCUCUCAUCCUCAACUUUCCAGAUUCCAAAAGCAAAAUCAUAAUUAUUUAGAGUUUGUAAUCAAAAAGAUGAGUGAGUAUAUACUCAACCAUGGAGAUUCCUUCUCCAAAAAAAUAACCUCAUUCUUUGAAAUUCUUCAAGACAGCUUGGAUUGGAGUAUUAAUGGCGUUCAAAAUCCAAGUUUUUUGCUUCCAUAUCUUAUCAAACUUACAGAGAUGGUUUUCAGAAAGUUUUUAAAAAAGGAAAAAAAGCAAAACCUUCAAAGAUUAGCUAACUUUUUGGAAGAAACAGAGGCCAAAUGUAAUGAGCUUGUUCAUUAUUGUCAAUCUUGUUUUGUUUGGGAUACAAAUACUUUGGGCGAUUCAGAAGCUGACUCUAUUCGUCAAUCUCCUAUCAUACUAUUUGAUUGUUGGGUAGAGCUUGGACAAAGUAUUCAAACCGCUCUAAAUAGAAUGAAAAAUAAGCCUAAUACUUCUGAUAUAAAGGCAACAGUGUUAAAGAUUAUUUCAUCUGAAAAGAAGGCUAAGAGUGAGGCUGGAAUGAUUGAGAGUAGCAGUUCUGACGAAAGUGAUCAAGAGAUUAGAAAAAAACCUGCUAAUAAUAUUAUUUAUGAUAGCGAUGAAAGUGAUACAUCAACAGAAUAUUUAGGUGAUGAUAUUGAAGAUUUCUCUGAUACUGCCAAAGUAAUUUCUUCUGAUGAAGAAAAUGAAGAUCUUGAAAAUACCUUGAAAAAACUUUUAGAGCUGGUGAUUAAAAAGUUGAAAAAUCGUACAGCUUACUUGAGCAACAAAACUUCUGUUAAUGGAACAUUCCUAGAAAGAUAUUCGACUACAUUGAAUCCAAAAAGCAAAAGUAUUUUCAGAUUCACUAAUCAAGAUGUAAAAUAUUUACUGACUGGUAACAACCAAUACAUGUUAGGAAAUUACAAAAAGGCUAUCAAAUACUAUAUGAAAAUACAUGAAUCAAAUGAAGCCCAAUCACCUACCACAUCAGCUACAAUUCCAUCAACAGCUCUUUCUUAUUACACAAAAUCUACAGUACUUUUUUUAGCAAAUUUAUUCAUGUAUGAUAUUACAGAAAUAUUUAGAGUUUUAAAUGAUCAAAUGCAUACAGGUAUCGUUGAUUUAGUUAGAAGCUCUGGAGUUCUUCUUGAACAUCAUAAAAAUAAUAUUAGUAAGGGUUUGGGAUCUGGUGUCCUUAGAUCAACAGCCAAUAUGAAUGUUAUUAAUGCAGUAAUUACUUUACUAACUGCUCUAUAUGAAAAGAAAAAUGUUUACAUAUUGUCACCUGUUUUUUAUCAAAUAAUUGUUGAUAAAAAUACUGGUAAUGAUAAUAAGAAUAUUUCUAUAGAUUUAGUAAUUGUAAAAGAUAUUACUUCCAAGCAAACAACAAAUAGUAUUGCCUACUAUUAUAUUCCUCUAGAUAUGUCAACUUUUAAAACAAAUUUUGAAAAUGAAAUGAAAAAAAGAUCAGUCAAUGGAAAAUCCAUUGUAAAUCAGUUAUUGCUUGAAACUGGUAGAAUACAUGAGGCUAUACGUUUUUGUUUGAGAUUUGAUUAUAAGAAAGCUUACACCAUCUUUCUAGUGACAAAUGGAAUGCUUGGAAGUAAAGAAACAACAGAUACGUCUAACAAUAGUGGUAACAAUUCUGCAAAACCUGUACCAACCAAAAAAUCAUCCACACCAGGUCAAAAGAAAAAUCAAUACGAUAUUCAACAAAUUGUACAUAUUUACAAAGAACUUUUGUACGAAUAUCUAGAUAAGGAAGAUAGCAAAGAGGUAAACACUAUUCUAAGCACUACUGAUUUUUUCAUUCCAAAACAAAGUGAUGAAUUGAGAGUUGGUGCCAUUGAAACAUACCUCAGAAAAUUGCAACUAAUGUUAAAAGAAACAUGUUCCUUGCUAUUUUUAAGUAAGGAAGAUUUUACUUCUGUUGUUACAACAAACGAUAAUGAUACGAGAAGGAGAAAUAGAUCUUCUGUUCUUUCUAAAGAAAAAAAGCUAACUAGGAAAUUGGAAGAUUUACUUGAUAGAGAGUUUAUGAAAAGUGAAUCAUAUUUUCUUUCGAACUUGUGUCAGUUCAUAACUUCCCAAAAACCAUCGAAGCCUACACGAAAACAAAGAGAAUAUUAUCUUUCCUUAUUGGAUGCUAUUAGAUCAGGUAAUUUAUUACCACACAUUACCUUCAGAGAAUAUAGACUGAAAUAUUUGAGAAGAAUUAAUGAAGAUGUUGUUGCCUAUGAUGAAUCAGAUGGAAUCCCUUUUUCCACACCAGUAACGACCAACAUAAGAGGCGAUAAUAUUAGUAAUCUUCCCCUUAUUACUGUAAUCGAAAAAGAAUGUGAAAAAAGCGUUAGAUUUUUAUUGAUGGAUCAAUUGAUUAUCUUUUCAAACAUUCCAAACCUUUCAUUUAUUGAAUUACUAAAGUAUUACCAAAACGACUUUUGUAAGAUGAAUGGAUUUUCUAAAGGUUUAUCAUCACAAGAGAAACAAAACCAAUUGAGUCUCUAUAUCAAACCAUUUAGAUUUUUGUGUAGAUUUUUAUGGUAUUGUCAUAUUACUGAGGAGAUGACUUCCAUAACUUCAAAUAAUAGGACAAAUCCGUUUAAAUUACUUUAUAAUCACUCUAAAAAAUUGGAAACAGAGUCUGAUAUUUCUGAUUUAACUGAUACCCUUGUGUAUACUUGUGAAUUGUUUGCCUUUUUGCUUGACUUUAGAGAAUUUUUUACUAGAUCAUUUUUAGAAUCUACUGUAUUAACAAUUUUAACUGUGGCCAUCAAUAUUUCACACAACACUAAAGAUGAGGAUGAUAUGAAAUCUCCUAGAAGAGAAACAGAUACUUCUCAACUACCUCACACAGAAAUUCAAAACGAUACAACAAAGAAAGGAAAGAGAAAUAUGAUAGCAGAAACUGUUUGUAGAAUAUUAGCUAAGCACAUGCAUGAUUCCCAACAAGUAGUUCCUCAUCUUGGAAAGAGAUAUGUACAACUUUCAAAAGCCCUAGAUGAGAAUAUUUUAGAAUCUAAAAUCAACGAGUUUGAGGCUUUUAGACAAUACAAAUCAGAAAAUACCCAAGUAACAGAUCAAGAUAAUGGUUCUUCAAUUUUAUGGACCUGUGAAAUUGAAGAGUCAUACUGGACCUUUUUACAAGUAUUUUUCAAUGACGUUUUGAGUAACGCUGGAUCGAAUGCUAAGGAUUUAAUGACUAAUAUAACAGCAGCUAUUUCUCAAGGAGAAAAUUCAACUAGUUCUCUAAUUGUAGACUCUCUUAACACUUUGAAACAUUCCUUGGCAAAGAUUAAAAACACCAAAACUACCAGUGGAACUUCAAUCAAACCAUCAACAACAGAUGCUGACUCUAACAGAUCACAAGAGCAAAGAGAUAUCACAAGACAACUUUCAGCUAAAGAAUUGAUCAAUGACUUUAACAAUAUGGUUUCACAAAACAAUAAUGGUGAUUUAAGUGGAAGAAAGAUUAUUCCAAACAGAAGAACUAAGUCAGUCAUUAGUACUAAUACCACCAUUAAGUAUGAAGAUAAAGUUGAAGAAACUGAUGACACUUACAAUCUCCAAACUACUGAAAAAAGAAACGAUUACGAAAAUUCAAAUGAAAAAUAUCCAACAACCAAGAAGAAAACUCAAACUCUGGAUGAUCCUGCUUUGGGUUUAAUUAUUGACAGUAUUUCAAAUCCACAACAGCAAGUUCCUCCACUAAAUAUAAACAAGGAGGACGAGAAGAAAAAGCCAUUCUCAAUCAAGAACUUUUUCAAAUCAAAAGAGAGUCCAAGAAGUAGUUCCACAAUUUCCUCUUCAAAUGGCAACAAAUUGAAAGAUCUUACAUCUCCAAGAGCAAACACAAUUUCUUCCACACCACCAACACAUAAAAAACGAGCAAAUAAGACAGUAAUGGAUGAUGGAAAUAUUAUUGGAGAAACUAUUUGUGGGGAUAGUCCAGCAUCACACGAAAUUGCAAUCGAACACGAUAUUGAUUCACCAGAAAGUGAUGGUGAACAGACAAAAUCCUACACAACAAUCCACAUCUAACAAGAUUUUUUAAUAAAAAUUC